CCCUAACCCUAAUCCUUAUCCUUACCCUUGACCUAUUCGUUAUAUAAUUUCUGGGCUGUAUUGCAAACCUUCUUCUUCUUCUUCAUGGCGCUUCAUGGAUCUAGUUUCUGCUUAAAUUGUUGGAAAUCUCAAAUUCGGAUUGGGUUUUUGAAAGUUAUUAAAGAAACGAAUGGAAGAUGCUUGAAUUUGUUAAUUAUUUCCUGUAUUGUUGUUUACAUUCUUACAUUUCAAGUUGAGGUGAUAUGGACUUAUUUUGAUCUUUAUUUUUCUAGGGAAAUGGUUCUUUUAGGGAAUUUUACAGCUUGCCGUGUUCCUGCAAUUAUAGUUUCGGGAUGCUUCAUCAUCUCUCUUCACCUUCUUUAAAGCAAUACAAUUUAGUUGUAGCAAAGACGUUUGGAAGGGGGAAUAAAAAUCAGUUUUUGCCUGGGGAUCGUCGUAUCAAAUUGCGGACUGAAAGACCCACAUCCUCUAUUCAGGCCUCUGGUUUGCGGUUAUUAAGACCACGUAAUGUGAAAGGCGAUGACUCAAAGGAUAAUGCAAGUGGCGAAAGCAUCUUAUUGGAUGUGCAAACCUUGGAGCGUGAUCUAGACAUUGCCAUUGCAGAGGAGAACUAUGCUAAAGCAGCACAAAUUAGGGAUAGCCUCAAACUUCUGCGCCAAGAUAGUACAACUUCUGUUUUAGCAGCAAAUGCUCAAUUUUACGAGUCAUUCAGGAUUGGGGAUCUGGCUGCCAUGCAAGCCCUUUGGGCCAACCGGAAAGAAGUCUGUUGUGUGCACCCCGGUGCACGUGGGAUAUAUGGUUAUGAAGAUGUUAUGACUAGCUGGGACUAUGUAUGGGCGAACUAUGAAUUCCCGCUAGAGAUUGAGCUGAAAGAUGUCAAUGUUCGUGUUAUAGGGGAUGUAGGGUAUGUUUCUUGUGUGGAAUUGGUUAAGACAAAGGGUAGCAGUUGGGGGGGACAGUUUGCAACAAAUGCGUUUGAGAGAAUUGACGGUAAAUGGUUUAUCUGCAUUCACCAUGCUUCAGUUCUUGAGUUGUGAAACCUACAAACUAUAUUGUAUUUUGGAAUUUGGCUAUAUUGCCCCUUUGUCGUCUUCUCGUCUUUGUUUGCCAGAUUUUUCGUAUAAUUUUUCACCUGUUCAA